GCUGUUUUCAACAACACCCCAGUCAUUAGUCACGCUCGUAUGUCUUGGCGGCGAUCAUCUGUGAUGACCGACUCUGAGCCUAAGGCAGCGAUUCUCAAGUUUGCGACAUGCAAAAGCAAAAGCGAGACGGCAUGUUGGCCACUCAGCUUUCGAAUUCCGCCUGAAGCGCAGCAUCAAUCUCAGCAAGGUCUUGCAGCAUUCAGCAUCACUUCAACGAAGGAGAAGCCCAAGAAAACAUGGUGGAGCCACCAGCUAUACCGUGGACCAAACGAUGAGCGAGUCCAGGUGCAAUACAGCAAAACGAAAGCGGACUCUGAGAUCCUGGCCAAGCAAUUUUUGGACGAGAAGGUGGUCGGGUUCGACAUGGAAUGGCCAUGGAAUGACUGGAAGCUGGACAGACUCCAAAACAAAAUCGGUCUCAUACAGGUCGCUACGGAACACAAGAUUGCACUCUUCCACAUUGGUCUACACACAGGAAAGACAACCGACGACAUUAUAGCUCCAUCGUUACGCAAACUGAUUGAAAGUCCGACGAUUGGGAAGAUCGGCGUUGGCAUACUCAACGCUGACUUUGCCCGGCUAAGCAGGUACUUCCAAUUGCAACCGAAAGGAGCAGUUGAGCUAAGCCAUCUACAUCGCCUCGUCACCUUUGGCGGACGGAAGCCCGAGCUUGUCUCAACUAAGAUGACAAGCCUCGCAAAUCAAGUUGAACAACACCUCGGACAUCCGCUUUUCAAGGGUGACGUGAGAACGUCCAACUGGAGCAAGCCGCUGUCCCGGGAGCAGAUCGAAUACGCUGCAGGAGAUGCCUACGCUGGGAUUAUGCUGUACCACUACCUGAACUACAAGCGCCUCCAGAUGGACCCUGUUCCGCCGAUGCCCAUACAUGCGGAGAAAUACAUGGGCUUCAAACUUGCUGGAGUUGGCUCGCUCUAUCUAGAGCCUGUAGAAGACGGCGGCAAAAUUAUGACCUCGGCAUUCUUCUUCGGAGUCCCGACCGCGUUGGAAGAUCUGUCUGAAUCCAAAAAGGCAGGUGAGGUAAGGAGAGCUUCAAAGGUCUCCGAGUCUAUGAUCGAGACCAGGCCAACGACGAUGCUGAGCGGCACACAGACGGACGUACAAGUCAAGGUCCGUCGAGUUGUAGAGGCAGAUGUGUCUGAUCUAGACACUACAUCGUUAGCUCUCUAUCAAGAGCUUCGCGAGUGGCGUGCAGAUACCGCCGCUGAUGGCAGAUCUCGCAUCAACAAUACGGUCCUCUCCCAGCUCGCUGAACAGCGUCCCCUCACUUUCGAAGCCCUAUUGAGAGUCAAAGGUCUCGGAAAGGUGACUCAGAAAUCAUAUGGCAAACAGAUGGUGGAGGUCAUAUUGUCUUUCAUGAGCAAGAACGACAUGGGCAUACCCGGGUCCGUUGUCACUGCGCCAUCCGAGACUACUCAAGCGACUUUGAGUGACGACGUCGAAAAAGUAGUGCUUCCCAGCACACCAGCCCACAGCUCCCUGCGUGCACAGAACCUACAACCGUCAACACCAGACUCGUCGCCUGCGUUUGGGACGCCACCAUCACCGCGUACACGGCAACUACACACCGGACUGUCAUUCACAUUAGCAGAAACGAAGCUAGCGGUGGACUCGGACACGGAAGACAGCCUAGCAUCACUUGACUUCGGCUCACCUCCCUCAAAGCGGAGGACGUCAGGCCAGAAGCGCAAACGAAACGACAGUCUAACUAAGAAUGCACCUUGCAGCUCGCAAAAGCUGCAAGAAGUGAUCAGCCCAUUUCCGUACGAGGAAGGCGAUUCCGAGAGCAGAAUAUGGCGGCUCGUAGACACCACGCCGUCGCCUAAUGCUGCAGCAGCCGGCGCACUCACGCCUCGGUCCAAGAUGUUUCACAACAAGCUCAUGGCUUUCAGCAGGCUUGUCGCGACCAAGAAGCGAGCGCAGCCGGAGUCGAUCGUGUCGGCCGCGACGCUCGAAGCCAUCGCACGGAACCCACCGCAGACGCACGACGAACUCCGGCGGGUACCGGGGAUUGAGGCAUUCUUCCUGGCGUGCGUCGAUGUCGAUGUGGAUCUGCUUGCGAAGAUCCGGAGGUUUGCGCCUGAGGGGAGGGUGUGAGAUGCACUGCUUUGAUAAUUUCUCCAAAGAAUCCAAUUUGCUCUAGAGCUACGCCGCUUCCGUUUUGCAGACACAGCUAGACACAAUCACGUGACUCUGGAGUGAGACAUACCUACCAUACUUCCUUGGCCGCAGUGGAUCAAUUGUCGCCAUGGGACGCGCACCGAUCCCCAAGUGCGGUGGACGAAGUCCUUACAAGUCAUCUCCAGCCGCGCACUGCGCCCCGGCUGCCUUUCAAAGUCCGCACACCACCCGGUGUUUUGCCUGGUGCGCCAGAUGACGUGUUGUCUGGAUAGCCUCUGGACGCUGGGAUGUGUACAUGGCCGUCUUCAUUGGGUCUUCGCCGGCGGCUGUGCGCUCGGGGGCGCUUACUGGGAUCUCAUGUUGGAGGGGC